CAUCAAGAGACGAAAGAAAGGCACAAAAACCCUCAUAACCCCCACCCUGUUGAGGCUUGAGAACAUCUGCAGACAGCUUAACCAGCCAUGCAUCUGGUGCGACGAGUAGCAGGGCCUCUAGCGGGAAGGAUUCGACUUUCUUCUCGAAGCGCAAAUCCUUCUUCCGCUGUAACCGCCAUCGAUGUUUCAGCCAUUUCACAGUCGGGCAGGAACAUUCCGUCCGGUAAAUUUUGCUUUGGCAGAUCAAGUUGGUGGAGUAAUGAAAAUCAUUCUCUUCUAUGGAUUAUUGCAGCAGGACAAGCUGUUUUUAUCGGGAUGAAUGACAACCCUGUACUAGCCGACGCUUCCAUACAAAAUAAUUCUAAAACUGAAUUGGAAGCUGCUGAGACGACUGCUUUACAGAAAAUUGAUGAUGGUUCUGUUGUAUCAAAUAUUCAUACGUCUAAGUGGAGAGUUUUUACAGACAAUGGAAGGGAUUUUUUCCUUCAGGGGAAAUUGGACAAUGCAGAAACUCUCUUUCUUUCAGCAUUAAAGGAAGCCAAAGAAGGUUUUGGAGAGAAAGAUCCCCACGUGGCAUCUGCUUGUAACAAUUUGGCAGAACUCUAUAGAGUUAAGAAGGAAUUCAGUAGAGCUGAACCUCUGUAUUUGGAGGCCAUAAAAAUACUUGAAGAAUCAUUUGGACCAGAAGAUAUUCGUGUAGGUGCUGCUCUUCAUAACAUGGGUCAGUUCUACCUUGCUCAGCGGAAAUGGGAAGAAGCUUCUAAAUGCUAUGAGCGUUCUUUGAAGGUGCGUACAAUUGUUGUCUAAGAUGCCAUGAACAGUUGGGCAGUUGUUCUGGAUUACUUUUUGAACUGUAUUUUCAUUUUCAUGCAUGACAUUAUUAUUUCCUUUUGGAUUGUAAACUCUUAACGCUGUUUUCCUGUUUUAAUUUUGUCAGAUUAAGGGGCGUGUUUUAGGAUUCAAUAAUCCAGACUAUGCCGAUACUAUGUAUCAUCUUGGGACGGUGAUAUAUCUUAUGGGAAAACAAGCGGAUGCUGAAGUUCUCAUUCAGGAUUCCAUCAGGAUAACAGAGGAAGCUGGACAAGGGGAAUCAAUUACAUGUGUUAGGAGAUUGCGGUAUCUUGCUCAGGUUGUCUCCCUGUCAUUUUUGUUAUCAGAAUCUUUUGUGGCAGUGUAGUAUAUAAGGUGAUUGACUGUUGUUAUUGCGUACACUUGUAUUGCAUUUUCUACAUGCAAAACAAUAGGGCAGGUUUGUUUAAAAGUUUCUCAAUUUUAUGUAAUCACGUUAUCUUUUUGCAUAACUCAAUCCAUUCUUGCUAUUGUCCUAGAUAUAUUCGAGGUCCAAUCGCCUUGUGGAAGCUGAAAAUGUGCACAGAAAGGUCCUGCAUAUAAUGGAAUUGUCAAAGGGUUGGAAAUCUAUGGACACAUUGAUGGCAGCUCAAGGGCUAGUCCAGACCCUACUUUCAGCUGGGAAAUUUGGUGAUGCGCAGGAACUUCUUGAAAGGUGCCUUGAAACUCAGAAAAGCCUACUCCCUGAGGACCAUAUUCAGAAUGCUAGCACAAUGACUCAGCUAGCAAAGGCAGUGCUGCAAAAUUUUGAUACACUGAGAAACAAGAAUCUUUCGGAAGCAGUUGGUGAACUUGACAAGGCAAAGGAUAUCUUAAUCAAAUCCAUGAGGAUAUCCCAAAAAGCCUUAGAUAGGCUCAGAAAGCAAACUGGAAGUAGGAAAAAACAUGGAGUAGCUGAAGGAACUCGAAGGGAAGGAAGGGUUGCCUUGGCAACACUGCUGCAGUCACUUUACACCCUUGGUCUUUUGGAGAUCAAGAAGCAUGAGUUGCAGGAGAAAGAGAAAUGUUCAUCUGCUGCUGAGGAUGCGCUUUUUCAAUGUAUUUUGGUAUACAAAGAGUUUGAAGCUGAGAAGUUAAUUUCUGAUUUCCCUGAAGUGAAGACCAUGUACCUGUCAUGCUUGAAGCAGCUGUCGUCCCUGGUACGUAGUAAUGCUGUCAACCAAAUUGUGAAGAUAUCAACAUCAGCCGCCGUGGAAGAGCUUAACGAUGAAAUCAAGCGGGUGGAAGCUGAAAUUUCUCGUCACAAGAGCUCCAAACCCUGACGUCCCCUUGGGUUUUCUUUCCGUCAUUACAGUCUAGAAUUCUUUGCCUGCUUUAAUACCAACUUUCCCAUAUGAGUGAACGAUAUGAGCAAGGAAAGCUUCCAGGAUAGGAAAUAAAUAAACAAACUAAAGACCUGUACAGAAAGUCAGAAACCUGUUUUUUCGUUGUUUUGGGGACUGCCUCAGUCUGUUGCCUUAUCAAAAGAAAAUUUCCUCCUCCAUCAUGCACUUGAUUUUAUGUACUAUCUUAUUGUUUUUACUUUUUACUAGUGUUUGUGAAAUUGUACCUUAUUGACUGUCCGACCAGGGUAAACCUCCGGUGAACGACCAGAAAAACCUGUCCAAAUUGGUAUAUGAGUUUUACUAGUAUGGUACAGUUUUACAAUUCUCGUUUUUGUCCCGAUAAAUAGAAAUAGGAAAAGAAUUCUAAAAAGAGAUUUGCUUGUAUUGUAAGCAGGAGAUGGAGAAUUCUAAUGCAAGCAGGCAGCUGGGGCGCACCGGUGGCAAAACAUGAGCCUGGGAAAACAGGAAAAGAAAGCUCCAGUCGCCAUUACGUAGACAGCAUCAGAAGCUGUUUCACAUUUGAAAUGGUCUUAUCGUUGGACUUGGGAGACCCUAUUCACGUAGUACAGCUCACCAAACCUAACUCCAAGCCGAAUGAAGCUUUUGGCGGGGGACAGUUCCACGUUUCUGGUUUAUUCAGCUCUUCUUGUCUUGACAGCAACUGAAGAAGGACAAAUUAGUGUCCAUUUUCGUAGUACUGCAGCUAGAUCAGAGACUCUGGUUCCUUUUCCAUUUGAAGGUGGUUCCCAGUUCCAUCUGCUUCGCUCCGCCAUGCCAUCCUUAUUCCGAGGUUUAGUGGAGAGAAGGAAACGCACAGGUCCGAAGAAGAACGGGGACGACGAAAACUUGGCGCUGGUGAAGGCCGCUGCAUGGGCUUGGUAUCAACAUGGUUCAGGCUCGUCACAAGGCAAGCAGGCGGUGGCCGAAUUCGACUUUGCGGCCAAACCCAAACCUGCAGCGGCAGACAUGCCAUCCAGAUACAGGGUGGGAGCUAUGGCGGCGGCCAAAACCCCAGUAACAGCAACUGAAAAUGAACAAGCUUCGUCAUUGUCGUCGUCUCCAGCAAUCCGAACCGGCCAUUACUCUCUUCUUGAUUCCCAUGAAAUCCAGAGCAUUUCCAGGCAACUCGGCAGUCACAUGGCAGAGUCCAGCAGGUACCUUGAUCGGCAAGAAACAUCGGACAAGGCGGAGGAGGAGAAGAAGAGACCGGCUGAUUCGCGGCGGCUGAGACAGCGCCAGGUCAUAAUGUGCAGGGCAGGGCAAGACGUGGAGGAGAGUGCUUUGGUGAGCAUGGCCAACAGGUAUCCGUCGUCGUCGGCAAAAGGACAAGUCCCGGUUGUUGGGAUGGAAGCUUGUAGGCCACGUCGGAGAGGUAGGCGUGGGAACUGAAGAGAAGACCUCUAUUAUCGAUCGACCCUCCAUUAGGCAAAGGGUAGGUGUUGGCCAUUUAAUAGAGAGUGGGAGUGGGAGGGACAGAGUGGAUGCUAAACAUAAAAAAGUUGAGGGGUCUCUAAACCAUGGUAAGUCGAGAGGGAGGGGAGGGAUAAAGUCUUUUUAGUUGAUGUUCCAGCCAUUAACUUUCAAACAUGCAAUAGUGUAUAACGAGUUUGAUUCAUAAAUAGAUAAAAAGUUAUGAUCUU